UGUAAACAGAACCAACAGACAUGGCGGAUGUUUUAACUCAUAUGUUCGCAAACAUGUCACAAGCGGACUCAAAGAAGGACCUUGUUGUGACUCCUCCUGCACCGUCACAGUGCAGUGUCUUAAUAGUUGGAGAACAAAGUCUUAGACGUUCACUGCUCCUGCUGACGGCCGUGACAGCUGCCUCUCAGAUGGGAAUUAGGGUGGUGUUCUUCGCCCCGGAGCAAAUACAAAGCCUGCCAGCAUCUCUGCAGAAAUGUAUACCUAAACUAAGCCCGGAGAGUUUAAAGAAAAUCAGAUUCUGCUAUCCAAGGACUGUGGAGGAGUUGCUCCAGCAAAUUGCAGGCCUUCAUGAGUCCAACAACACUUUUCCCACUCCUCCAUCACUGGUCAUCGUUGACAGAUUGGAGGACUUUCUGUGUGGACCUGCAUGUGAUCGCUACAGUGGGUGUCACCCAGGUGAGCAGUCUUGCGCUGCACACGUAGCAGCUCUUUUGUGCGACACGGCUACGUUUCUCACAAGUGUCCUUAAGCAGCAGGCACCGACCUCAUCCCCCUGCCGCAUAAUCGCCUCUUAUAAGUCACAAGAGGACGGUGGAGACUCCUCCGUUUCGGAUCCCGUCCUUGAUGCCCUUGAUCGCUACUUUGAGUCCUUGAACGCACCAUCGUUGUGUGCUGUGACCAUCGACACCGUGACUCCCGAUUCCAUCUGUUCAUCGAUCAUCUGACAUGAUCAUUCAUGAGUGCAGAGCUCAUCAUAGCGUCUACGCCCCGCACAAACUGCUGAUCAAUCAGUGCGACUCGGGCCUCCCCUCUUUGAUGAGACUCGUUUCCGUGGAGACCAGACCGGGACACAGCUGCCGGCAAGACCCAUUAGCGGUCAAAGCGGGGAGUUACUUCAGCUUUUUACUGGCCAUAAGGAAGCCUCCGGAGCGAGCAAGGGUUGUCUGUAUUACACAAGAUUGGAGGAACUAGAUCUGCCAAAACCAUUUGAUGUGUGCACAUGUGGUCAACACGCUUGAAGGCUUGAAUCUUUAAGGAAAAAGUCUUUAAAGUUUGGCGAGGAAUGAAGUUUAUUUUUCAUUCUUGUUAUCUGUUUGAAUAAAGCAUGAGUGUAAAUGCCAACAAUCAGGCAUAUGCAGAGGGUGUAUUUGGAGAUGUUCUAUUUGGCAUUGAUACAAAUUAGGUACUGUAUGUUGAGCCUUGGUGGAGCUCCGAAAUCCUCCCCUUCUCUCUUCAAUUGCCAUUGUUCACUCGCGACACAAUCCAGCCCUGUAUAGUUGUCACAUACUUGUUAAUCCCAUUUAAAGUAUAUCAUGUAUAGGUAUUCACCACUCAUGAUUGAUCAUGUAAGAUGAUCGAUGCAAUAAAUGAAUCAGAGCCACAGUGUAGCCUUUAGCCUGGUCGUCAGGCUAGCACUAGAGGCUAGUACUAGAGGCGUUUCUCCGAGCCGCAUCUACAUAAUCCACACUGCUUGCCUGGUUUAAGUCCAGUAAUGAUUUAUGAUAAUAUAAUAACGUGCGUUUACCUCACCUUUUGAGGUCAGCUUGACAAACAAACGUUUGCGUCUCACAGCACACAACUGUGGUGCUUUCAAGGACCACCAAACAAAGUGCGAAAUCUCAACGCGUGACACUAAAACGUGUAAAAAUUGUGGGCUUUCUAAAAGUGUUUUACAUUUUACCUGUCGUAUCACGUACAGUAUUUAUUAAAUUAUUGAUUUUUGUUGAAUGAGAUGUAUUUUUUCCAUUAAAAAACUACCUCUUUUUAGUAGAUUUACCAAAAAUCUGCGAAUCUGUAGGGCCGUAAAACACUGAAUCGCAAAUGUGUGGGGAUCUACUGUAUUCAGUAUUUUAUGAUGGCUGCAGUUUACAGUAGUGUGGAACUUUUUUUGCAAUAAAUGAGUGGCAAAAUAUUAGAAAUAACUUUGGGGAAAAAGGUUUUGUACAUAGAUGUAAUUAGUGCAGAUUUGCCAAAUGUUGUGCUUUUGUUUCCGGGGUUAAACAAAGCAGACUUUCUCCACACUCCAGCCUGUGCAAACCUGUGCACUGACUGAUGUUGCAAUGACAGUUUGCACAAAUGGAGCCAAAACAACACCUUCACAACCUAUAAAUAAUCUCUCAGGAUCGAAACGCAUGAAAUGGUAGCUCCAAUUCUCAAGUCUUCCUAAUCCCCGAAGACAUUCCCCACAUCACAUGAUGUGUCGAAGGGUCUCUGAGGGGAUGAAGUGUGGAUCCGCCCACUUUAAAACCAACAUUUCCUCAUGUUCCCAUCAGCACAUCCUAAGCCUGAGGUUAACCCAGUCACAUGUCCUUCAUGUUUACUGUGCAGCUCACAUGGCCUACAGACAAGUACGCUCAUAUGAGACAUUUCCAUCCACUUGUUGCUUGCAGUAUGACAUUCAGCAUCCUCCUAUGUUGCUUCAUUCUGUGGUUGUCAACUUCCCACUGACAUAUAUGCAAUUGAAAUGUGUCAAAAGCAGCUACACCAAUAUCUUCGCAAACAACUCCAUCGACUAAGUUGCAGCUUUAUGGUGCACUGGAGUUGCAUUAUCUCCAGGAAAAGAGAUGGUGUGGUAGUGCAGCCCAGCCUGGUCACUGUUUGCUGAGCCAGGAGGAGCCUGUUUCUGACCCCUAGGAAUUGUCUAUAUGCCAUUAUUGAUUCCGUGGCUGCUGUCGCAUCUGUUCUCUCAUUAAGGGGAGCAAACACUGAGGAGCCAUAAAGAUUAAUUUCUCUAGCCAAGCUGCUCACUCUUUGCCAGUACAGCCCUGCAAAUAAUACUUAAAACUCCCACAAAGCGGGAGAAAAUGUACUUUAUGUAGACGUCAAACACACCCACAGGAAGGGGGGAGCUGGAAAAUAACAAAAUAACACGAGGAAGCAGCUUACCGUCAUAAGGAUGAACACACUAUCGUCCCUCCACCAGUGGGGAGAUGCCCAGUUGAGGACCCAAGUGAACCCGGAAAAGUCGACCUCCUGCCCGAGCAAGAGCAAAGCAAUACGGCGGUCUGUGCUAGCUUCCGGAUCCCAGUCGCUGGAGCUCCUUGUGCGUGUGUGUGUUACAGUUAAUGUGGAAAGUGAAGCAACCGUCAGCCACCUGAGGCUGUGUGUAUGCGUGCGUGUGAGUGUGAGACGCUCGACAGGCUGGUUGGUCCACAGUGUGGGGACCACAUACACUCACACACACUCACACACACACACACGCCCCCAAAAAAGACUACGUACAUGCACUAGUGGAUAUGUGCGAGUCAUUAACGAGGUGUUCAAAACCCUGAACUGAAAUGGGACUCACGGGUACUCGUCUCCGUUAACUCCUUCACUUACUUGCCAUGGCUACCACGAGAUUAAUUUAAAAAAGAAAGCCAGGUGUCAUGUCAUGACGUGAUUGAAUGAGGGACAAUCCAGGGGAGGAGGUGGAACUUGUUGCGAGUACCUAAAUAGAGUACCUGAUUAACACAAGAUUUUGCGCAUGCGCUGUGUGAUCGAGUCCCGAUUCAAUUAAAAGAGAAACGUAAAAGGAACCGAGAUUCCCAUCACUAGUAGAGAUGUGCGAGUCAUGAACGAGUCAGUCAAAAUUCGCAAGUUUUACUGUUUCGGGACUCGUCUCGGUUAACUCGUUCACUUACUCACAGGUGCUAAUCAGAGCAUCUACAGCUCGGCUACCGAACUUAUGCAUGUGUGGGUUUCGAGCACACGAGUCACUUCAGUGGAUGACUCAUAAGAACUCAAGCCAGUAAAAGGAAUCGAGUAUUCCUCACUAUGGAUGGUCGAAUCAAUUCCAAUAGUAUCCUAACCUAAAACAAUUGAAUUGUUACAAAAUGUAGGAAAAAUGUUGAGGUUUUCUUUCAUUCAUGGCUCAAAUUUGUGUUGUUUUUAAAACUGUGCGCAUAUUUAUGUCAAUCACAUUCCAUAGAGGCAACUGGAGUGCUCUGUGUGCGACUAGUAUGGUCUGAUGGUGUGCAAAGCAGUUUGACUUAUUUUUCAUGCACAGGAGGCCUAAUCGGUUUAACAAGCCUCUUUUGCACAGCCUGCUCAUGCAGUUAUCACGCUUCACACGUUUAGUCACUCGUUCAUGAUUUACAUCAAUCCUCAAUUUAGAGGCAGGCCCAUGUCUGCCUUGUUAAUUCCGAUUGAUUCCUGAUCAAGUGCUAUAGGUGUAAAUGUCCACAUUGCAAGCUUUGUUUGUCAUUUUCAAACAAUGUAGGGAUGGGCAAUCCAUUAUUUGAUAAAUCAAUUAUUAAGAAGUUGAUUGUGUGGAAUUGGUUGUAGAUUAAUUGAGGCUUGAAGACAUUGAAGGCAAAAUGGAGUGCAAUCCUUGGCUGCACCCAGCAGAGAUGCUGUAGAGCAGUGGUGUCCAAGUUGCAUCUCGGGGGCCAUUUUAAACCCGCAGCUAUUUUUUUAUUGGCCCUCGGGAUAUAAAAAAAAUUAAAUGAUUACAUAUAUCAUUAUAGUAGGGCUGUCAAAAAUAACGUGUCAACGGCGGUAACUAAUACAUUUAAUGAAUUAUGUUAAAUUCUUUAGUGUAAUUA